AUGGCAGUUGUAUCGCAUUAUAUUCUGAACAGCAAACCAAGCCAUUGGACAGUGAACGAAGCAGGUUCGACAAAAAACUACAGAGCGCCGUCUCGGCCAAAGCAGGUUAACGGCUUGCACAAAGUACCAGCGAGGAGAGCCCCCAAGGCUCGCAAGACUCAGGUGCGCAACUGUGAAAAACAGCCCCGGGACAGCAAGUUCUUCUGUAAAGAGAAGCUCCUGGCGGGAGCUCCCGGCGAGCUCCCGCGCUUCCCAGCCCUGCUCCCGCACUCCUGGCGCCCGGGAAGCGCGCGAGGGAUGGCGCCUCGGGACAUAUGGACUUUCAACAUCAUUCUUACUAGUCUGCUUUUAUACAAUGACAAAUACAUGACACUUUAUUCCCACUUCAGUCUUCACAUUUUUUCAGUUGUUGAAAAUAAACAAGUCCUUUGUUUCCACAAAGUUUUAUCACAGCAGUAUGCCUCAGAGUUCCUGGCAAGGAAACGUCGAGCAAAUUCCUUUAUGGAAGAAAGCAAGAAGGGAAACUUAGAAAGAGAAUGCAUUGAAGAAUUAUGCAAUAAGGAAGAAGCCAGGGAAAUCUUCGAAAAUAAUCCUGAAACUGAAUAUUUUUAUCCCAAAUAUUUAAGCUGCCUUGCCUCCCAUCGAGCAGGGGUUUUCAGGGUUACUGCAAGUACUCCAGAUUCUCCAGCUGACCUGAGGGCUUGUGUCAAUGAAAUUUCAAACCAAUGCAGCCCUUUACCAUGCAAUAGAGAUGGAUAUAAGGACUGCAUAGAUGGACAGGCCAAAUAUACAUGUGUCUGUAAACCAGGAUGGCAAGGAGAAAAAUGUGAAGAAG